UGUUCCCAUCGUGGCGCUGCUGGCGGACUGUUGUUUGUGAGGUGAAGUAAGUUUUGCCGUCAGGAGCAGCGAUUUAACCCGCCGGGAGGAACUUCAGGCCUACGGAGCGUCGGAGAAGCGGCAGCAUGUCGGCCUCAGCGGCUAAAGUGAGCAGGAAGGAGAAUUCAAACCACGACGCAGGGGACGAGACCUCCGAGAAGGAGCAGCAGGAGGCGAUCGAACACAUUGAUGAAGUACAGAACGAAAUCGACAGAUUAAAUGAACAGGCCAGUGAAGAAAUUUUAAAAGUAGAGCAGAAGUACAACAAAUUACGCCAGCCGUUCUUUCAGAAGAGAUCAGAGCUCAUCGCCAAAAUCCCAAACUUCUGGGUCACAACAUUCGUCAACCAUCCACAAGUUUCGGCUCUUCUGGGGGAGGAAGAUGAAGAAGCUCUUCAUUAUCUGUCCAAGGUCGAGGUCACAGAGUUCGAGGACAUCAAGUCUGGAUACAGAAUAGAUUUUUCCUUCGACGAGAACCCGUACUUCGAGAACAAAGUUCUCUCCAAAGAGUUUAACGUCAACGAGGGCGGAGAUCCGGUUUCCAAGUCCACCGAGAUCAAAUGGAAAGCUGGGAAGGACCUGACCAAACGGAGCAGCCAGACGCCGAACAAAGCUGGGAAGAAGCGUCAGCACGAGGAGCCGGAGAGCUUCUUCACCUGGUUCACCGACCACUCGGACGCUGGCGCCGACGAGCUGGGGGAGGUCAUCAAGGACGACAUCUGGCCCAACCCGCUGCAGUACUACCUGGUCCCUGACAUGGAGGAUGAGGAGGGUGAGGACGAUGAAGAGGAGGAUGAGGAAGGUCUGGAGGACAUCGAUGAGGGUGAGGAAGAGGAAGGCGAAGACGAGGAUGGAGAAGGGGAAGAUGGAGAGGACGACGGUGAGGACGACUGAAGCGUCUCGGCGCCGUCCUCCCACUGUGACCCGUCUGUGGGAAUGGGGG